AUGGCUACAGACAGCCCAACGUUGGUCUCCGAUUUGUGGUACGACGAUGGAAACAUCGUCUUGCAAGCCGAAUCGAGUUUAUUCCGAGUCUCCUUGGGAGUCCUCGCAGCACGCUCUCCCGUCUUUGACGAUAUCCGAAAAUUGCCACGGUCCCAGGACCAAGAGAUGUAUGACGAUUGCCCCUUGAUCGUGUUGCCCGACAAAGCGGAGGACCUGGCGAAUUUUUUGAGGGCGGUUUACAAUUCUGGAUUCUUUCAACCCCCACCAAGCAAAACCGAUUUUGACACUUUGGCUGGUAUAUUGCGAUUGAGCACUAAAUAUGAGAUUCCUUAUCUCCGCCAACGUGCACUACUACAUCUUGACACCAUAAUCUGCAAUACCCUUCAAGACCAUGACACUCGAGAAAACAAAAGGACAAUCCCGCCUAGAAAUUCUUUGGCUUUUCUGAUAGCGGAUCUGGCUCACGAAAUGGAUUUACCGUGGCUUCUACCCCCGGUUUUGUACUUCUGCACUGAGGACAUUGUCAGGGAUUACAUGUACAAAGGGGAAAGAAAGUCGAUGAACAAGUCACAACAAGUGGCCUGCAUCAAAGCUCUGAUGCCAUUAAUAAAAUGGCAUCAGAGAGAGGUUUUGAGCUUCUUGUACUUGACGAACGUAGAUGGCUGCAAAUCCUUUGCACAGUGCAAUGAAGGUCGUCUCAAACUUUCGCGAGCAUGCUCUGCUUCCGAAGUCAAUUUUUCUCUCAUCUCGUUUUCUGGUCUUUUCGAGGAAGUUGUCCGAAGGGUUGUCUGCACGACGUGCUGUAUUGCAAGUCGCGACGCACAUCUUGCCGGGAGGGAGGCGUUAUGGGAAGCUUUGCCCGGAUUAUUUGACCUUCCUUCUUGGGAGACCCUCAGGACGCUCAGAGCACAGGCUUUGGCUGGAUCUUGA